AUGAAGUUUGGAAAGAACUUGCCACGUAAUCAGGUGCCCGAGUGGGCAUCUAAUUACAUCGACUACAAAGGCCUGAAGAAGCUCAUCAAGGCAGAUGCCAGAGCCUCUCAGAGCGGUGAAAAGGUGGAUCUUGCAGAAUUCUUCUUCGCCCUGGACCGGAACCUGGAGGAUGUCGACUACUUUUACAACAAGAAAUUUUCGGACGCCUGCCGGCGGUUGAAACUCCUCCAGGACCGCUAUGGUCAGACUUCCGACGUAUCCGACCUGGACGUGGACGAGACCGAAGAGCUCAUGGGCGCCCUGCUCGAGCUUCGGUCCCAGUUCAGGAAGCUGCAGUGGUUCGGCGAGAUCAAUAGGCGUGGUUUCGUCAAGAUCACCAAGAAGCUCGACAAGAAGGUCCCUCAUUCGGCCACCCAGCACCGGUACAUCGCCACCAAGGUCGACCCGAAGCCUUUCGCAAAGGAUAAUACCCUUGCUCGGCUCCUGAACGACAUUAACAAGUGGAUGUCCGCAGUGGGUGAUGCCCAGAACAUAGAGGACAACCGCUCUGAGAGAUCCAUCAGGUCUCUGGGACGAGCCUCCGCCAAGGCCAUGCUCACCGUUCCCUCUUCACUCUUGGAUCAACUGGACCAGGCCAUCCGGGACAACAAUGUGGAGGCUUUGAAGAGCCAUUUGAAACAAGCCAACUUGGUUUUGUCGGACCCGCCAGCCCAAGGCUUACUACACAACCUCCUGCAGAGAUCGAUUUCCGCCCGGUCGAAGGAUUCUAUCGAGUUCCUCCUUUCAAACCUCAAGACUCUGGACGAGGCAGAUGACAUCAACGAGCGGAACUGUAUCCAUCGGUUGGUCAUCCACAUCGGUCGUACUAAGUCUGCCAACGCAAGGGAAUCCGAUUCUCCAGCCUAUCCCUUCCCUGCCGGCAACCAUUAUGCUUCCCAGUACAUUACCCCAGCUGCUUCACCUUCGGCAUCCCCGGACUCUCGCCAUGUGAAGGAGACCAAUCUCCUAGACAAGGACGACGAGGCUGUCCAGGUACUUAUCUUCCUCCUGGAUAGGCUCAGCGAGGAUCAACGGCCAGCACUGAGUACUAGGGAUUCCUUUGGCCGCCUGCCUCUUCAUUAUGCUGCCCAGUUUGGUUUCGUCGUGGUCUGCCAGAUCAUCAUGGCCAAGAUGCAGGAGUGGGGUCAGUUCAAUGUUGAAGACGGCAUCGAUGCUGAGGACUGGCAAGACAAGGAGGGCAAUGCGCCACUCCACCUCGCUGUCAUUGGUGGCCACCCUCUGACGAUCCAGGCUCUCCUCCAGGGUGAAAACUGGCAGGGACCUAGCGAAGACAAGCUGGCCAGGAGACGAGGCAUCUCCAAGUCCAGCGCUGUGCUGGCUAUUGCCACAAAGUCCAACUUCAAGACAAUUGUCAGCCUUCUUGUCGAAGCCGGUGUGGAUAUCAACUGGCAGGACAGCUCGGGGGAGACGGCACUCCACAUCGCCUCUAGAUUCGGCCAUGACGAGUGUGCUCGAAUUUUGUUGCAAGGAACCGAAGAGCAAAAGGCCAACCUGGAACUUGUCGAGAAGAAUUUCAACUGGACGCCACUCCAUAUUGCAGCCGUUGAUGGACACUUGUCUGUCGCCAAGCUACUGAUCGAAGCCGGCGCUGACGUCGACAAGAUCGAUUCCUCUGGGUGGACAGCCAGAGAACACGCCGCGUUGAGGGGCCACCUCGCUCUCGCUGAUCUGCUCAAGGAGAACAGCCAUGUGAACGACGCUGCCCUCGCAGCUCAAACCAACGGUGAUGGGCAGUCGGCUACUAGCGGGGGCUCGCCUCCGAAAGUGGAAUCUCUCGAGGACCGUCGCUCCAAGGUAACUACGCGUGUCGCUGACCCGGUCAAGACCUUUGGGCAUCGUUAUCUCAAGGACGAGAGCCUGGUCCUGGUCAGUCUUGGCUCUAUGGACAUGAGACGGGACGUCGACGCUGUCAAGCUGGACCGCGUGCCCCUCAACGAAGCCCACACGACACAGCUCGAUACCGCACUGUCAGUUGUAGUAUCCGCCAAUGGUGCCCAGGGCGAGCCUACCAUCAUUGACCUCCCUGUGCAUGAGAAUAUCUCCACCGAACCCAUUGUGUUCACCACAAAGGAUGCCAGCAAAGUCAAGCUGCUGUUCGAUAUCGUGCCAACCUACUCUGGUAACGAGAAGAACAAGAUUGGCAGAGCUGUGGCGCUGUUGUCCAGCAUCCGGCCUUCUGUCGGAUCCAAGCGGAUGAACCUCCAGGGCGACGUUUGUGUGCCGGUUGUUUCGUCAAGCACCCUGGAAGUGAUCGGGACCGUCAACUUCAACUUCCUGGUCGUCACGCCUUUCUCACACCCGAACAUGGAGGUUACCUCGGAGCAGACCUACUGGAAAAAGCUGGCCUCAACCAUGGUCAUUGGCCACCGCGGCCUGGGCAAGAACAAUACGUCCAACAAGUCCCUCCAGCUCGGCGAGAACACCGUGGAGUCGUUUAUCGCAGCCGCUAACCUCGGGGCCAACUACGUCGAAUUCGACGUGCAGCUGACCAAGGACCAUGUUCCCGUCAUCUACCACGACUUCCUCGUCAGCGAGACCGGCAUCGAUGCCCCGGUGCACACGCUCACCCUUGAGCAGUUCCUGCACAUCAACCCGGACGCGCGCCGCCUCAACGGCAAGGACAUGUUCAACCAGCAGCUGCGGAACAUGCGUAGCAACAACGAGAUUCCGGGGCCGAGGCAGCGAUCCAUGUCGGUAGGCUACGGCGUGGGCGACGCCCCGACGGCCGACGAGCGCAUGAAGCACACACGCGACUUCAAGGAAAAGGGCUACAAGGGCAACUCGCGGGGCAAUUUCAUCCAGGCGCCGUUCGCGACGCUCGAGGACCUGUUCCGUGACCUGCCCUCGGGGGUGGGCUUCAACAUCGAGAUGAAGUACCCGAUGUUGCACGAGAGCGAGGAGCACGAGAUGGAUGCGUACGCGGUGGAGCUCAACAGCUUCUGCGACACGGUCCUGGCCAAGGUGUACGACCUCGCCAGGGACAGGCACGUCAUCUUCUCCAGCUUCAACCCAGACAUCUGCCUGUGCCUGAGCUACAAGCAGCCCAACUUCCCCAUCAUGUUCCUCACCGACGCCGGGGACGCCCCCGUCGGCGACGUCAGGGCCUCCUCCCUGCAGGAGGCCAUCCGCUUCGCGAGCAGGUGGAACCUGCUGGGCAUUGUGAGCGUGUCCAAGCCCUUCACCAACAGUCCCCGGCUCGUUAGGGUCGUCAAGCAGCACGGUCUGGUGUGCGUCAGCUACGGUACGGAGAACAACGAUCCGCGCAUGGUACAGCGCCAAGUAAAGGAGGGCAUAGACGCGGUCAUCGUCGACAGCGUGCUCGCCAUCCGCCAGGGGCUCACCGAGUCCGAGAGCCAGCUGCCAAGCUCCGUGGCCGAGGACGACACAGCCGUGGUCAUCGACGCACAGCCGCUGGACGGGGGCGUGAGGGUUGCGAACUAG